AUGGAUGUGGUGCUGGAGAUCUUCGAUACGCUCGUCUUUGACUACCUCUACGCUACUUUUGCGCCUGCAAAGGGUGCUGCCGGCGCGGCUGGUGGUGCGCCCCUAUCCCCAACCAUCAGCAAUGGCGCCAAUGUAACGGGCUCUAUCUUCGCCAGUGCCGGAGAAUAUGUAUACCAGCCCUCAUCCUCGUAUUUCAGCCUGCAACCCUCCAAGUACGCAUACAUGUCCUCGCUGCAGAGAGAUAAUAUAUUCAGGCAGGGAUUGACUCUGUAUCUCAUCACUUGGAUCUUCGGCCUAAUCAUCUACUUCAUCUUCGCCACCCUCUCCUACAUCUUCGUCUUCGACAAAUCAACCUUCAACCACCCCAAAUACCUCAAAAACCAAAUCCGAAUGGAAAUAAAACAAACCUCCAUUUCCCUCCCCUUAAUGGCCGUCCUCACCGCCCCCAUCUUCCUUCUCGAAGUCCGUGGCUACGCAAAACUAUACGACAAUCUUUCUGACGCCCCCUUCCCCCUUUACAACUACCUCCAAUUCCCCUUCUUCAUCCUCUUCACCGACUUCUUUAUCUACUGGAUCCACCGUGGCCUCCACCACCCCUUACUCUACAAACGCCUCCACAAACCACACCACAAAUGGAUCAUGCCAACCCCAUACGCCUCGCACGCCUUCCACCCGUUGGAUGGCUACGCCCAAGGCCUCCCCUACCACAUCUUCCCUUUCAUCUUCCCCUUGCAGAAAUUCGCCUCGGUCUUCCUCUUUGUCACCAUCAAUAUUUGGACCAUCCUCAUCCACGACGGCGAGUACGUCGCCAACUCCCCGUUAAUCAACGGAGCGGCAUGCCAUACCAUGCACCAUUUGUAUUUCAACUACAACUACGGGCAGUUUACGACACUGUGGGACCGGCUGGGGGGCAGUUAUCGGAAGCCAAAUAAAGAGCUUUUUCAUAAGGAGACGAAGUUGGUGAAGGAGGAGUGGGAGAGGCAGGCGAGGGAGAUGGAGAGGGUUGUUAAGGCUGUGGAGGGUAAUGAUGAUAGGACGUAUGAUGGGGGUGACGUUCAGGAAAGUAAGAAGACGAUGUAG